UCAAAGCCUUACCCUUCAACACUGAAAAUAUUCCACUAGCUAUUGCUAAAUAUAUAUUUUAUUCAACCAAAUGGAGAAGACCAACAGAAGCAAGGGCUCGGUGGUCCGCUCCUCGCGAAUCUCGAAGCAGAGACCCACAGCCACGCCGGCCAGCAACGAGGGCUCCAUGGCGGAUGUCCUGGUGCAGCCGAAACCGAAGCCGAAGCCGCCCAGGGUCUUCCUGUACAUUCAGCUGAACGAGACGAAGAUGCUGCCGGAGUCGGAGCACCCGCUGGAGCUGCACUUGUACCACGCCAAGAACUCGCUGCAGAAGAUGCAGGAGCACUACACCACGGAGACGAUAAUCUACCAGCACGAGUUCGCCAUCCAGAGGCCCGUGUUCGCGCUGGGCGUGAUGCAGGACGAUAUGGAGGACAUGAAUGUGUUCAGCGACAAUCCCCUGGUGAUCACGCUCUACCGGCGGGUGCCCAGGCUACCCAAGAGGGGGGCGAAGGAGAGGCCAAAGGAGGCCGAUCUGAUCGGGGACACCACGGCCACGCCCUUGGACGUGCCAGCCGAGGAGAGUGCCAGCCCCGACGGGGUCCUCGAAGAGCCUGCCUGGUACGAGGGGGACGCCGAGGAGGGGGGCUUCACGGAGGGGCAUCUGGAGAUGCUGUCGCGCGGCCACUGCGAUCUGCUGCAGCUGUUCCAGCGGCGGCGCUUCAUCAGCGACAUCACGGUGUAUCUGUAUCCGGAGCUGAAGGGCCCCAGCGCGGACCAGACGACCACCUGCACCGUGUGGCACAUGUACUCCAUCCUGCCGAUCCUCAAGGAGUUCAACUUCACCAACCUGGCCUUCGUCACCCUCGAGUCGGUGUACAACGUGCCCGAGGUGCUGCACCAGAUGGCCUCCGAGCUGGGCCUCAGCAUCUCCUUCCGGGCGCGAGUGCCCGACGAGCGGGGCGACCGGCUGGUGGUGCCCCUCUGCACCUUCUACGGCUUCGGGUCGGAGGUGAUCAGCGAGCAGAACACGAGCAUUGUGUGGGAGAACAUCAAGCGGGACAUCAAUCCCUUCCGCAGCUACAGCUUCAAUCAGAUGGACACGAAUAUCCGCGUCAAGCUGCAGCGCGUCUUCCGCCUGCUGCUCUGGGAGAAGGACGUGGACUUUGGCAGCAACUCCAUCGAUAUAUUCACGGACCUGGCCCUCGUCAACAACUCCAUGCACCGCUAUGUGCUCAACGAGGAGAUGCGCCGCAUCCUGGAGGCGGCCGUGCUCCACAACAGCCACGAGCUGCUGCUCCAACUCUACCACGAGUCCCCCGCCAAUGUCCUGUACGAGGGUGUGCUCAAUCCCAGCAUAUUCGGCUAUCCAGAUGUGAACUACUGCCGCUUUGCCAGCACUCUGAAUCCCUACCCGAUGGACUCGACGAAGAGCCUGGUGAAGCGGGGCACCCUAGACAUGGGUCCCAUGUUCGCCAGCGUCAAGAUCUGCUUCUUCCAGUCGAUUGUCCAGCGCAACGAGAACCUGGACAAGUACAACGAGGACCUGCUGAAGAGGGCCAAGCUGUUGCGCUGCUUCGACCACACGUUCCUCAUCGAGGCCGAGGACGAUCACAAUCUGUUGCUGGAGCUGUACCGCUCCUUCGACGAUCUCAUUUCGGACAUGAUCGCGGUCAUUGUGAAGCGGGACCUCCGGACCAUGGCGGAGGGGCAGGACUACUUCUGCUGCCAGCUGGCGAACCUCAACAAUCUGCUGCUGAAGAUCUGCGGCUGCGACUUCAACAUACGCAUGCCCACCAAGACGAACCUGGAGUUCAGGGCGAUGCUCACGCACAUGUACAAGGAGCUGAUGGAGCGCAUCGAACGGCUGCUGGCCGCCUGCAGCUGGGAGAGCGUCUGCAAUUGUGUGGUGAACUUUGAGUACGAGCAGCUGCACAUGAUCCACCUCAUGGAGGAGGUGCGCCUCAUGUGCCUGAUUGGAGAGCGCGAGCUCGCGGGCCAGAUCUUCGAGGACCUGCGGGACAGCAACUCCCACCAGCUGCUGUUCAAUUUCUACAACUUCCUGAACAGCCUGGAGAACGCCAAGUUCCGGCAGGCUUCGAGGUACUUCCGGAACCCCGUGGGCGGCGGCUGGGUGGGCGAAUACUUUCCCUCCCUGGGCAAGCUCUACAUCGACUACAUGCUGGACCUGGAGUCGGAGGACGAGGAGCGGCGUCUGCAGGCGUACGCCAGCAUGAUCGCCAGUCUGCGGGAGUUUGUGGCCAAGAACACCCUCGACCUGGACGCCUACGUGCUGCUGUACUGCUACUACAAGCGGCACGACUACCUGCCCGGCAUGGAGUUCACGCGGCUGCGGUUCGAGAAUCUGUACGGCGUGCCGCGAAAGAAUCUCGCCGGCACCCCGGUCUCGCUCUUCGAGCUCUUCCUGCCCGAGGAGUUCGAGCAGAGCAGCGCCAGCACCAUGAUGCACGUCAAGUUCUAUCCGGUCUUCACCACGUUUGCCCGGAUCGGGGCCUACGGCUUUGCCGAGGUGGUCUUCGACGAGAUCCAAUCGUGUUUCACGGCCACGGAGGCGUAUCUGGUGACGAGCACGCUCAAGAUUCUGCAGCGAAACAUAGACGAGACGUUCAAGGUGAUGGUGUUUCCCACGAGCAAAAGUGUGGCGGGAAAGUUGAUGCACCACUAUCAGGCGCACAUCAACGGCAAUGUGGAGUACACCCGCGGGCGGUACGACGAGGCCAUGCGCUACUUUAGGGAGCUGCUGACCAUCGAGGAGGAGGAGGAGGAGGAGCGGGAGUACUUCAAGGUGAGCCUCAUGCGGCUGGGCCGGCUGGCCUUCGAUCGCGGCGACUACGAGCUGGCCAACCAGGCCUACGACAAGUGUCCGCAGCACUGCAACAAGAUGAACUUCCUCGUCAGCUACGGCAAGGGCCUGGCCCUGUACUACCUCAAUCGCCUGGAGGAGGCCAUUCUGUAUCUGGCACGCUGCACCGAGGUGGAGGUCUUUGUGCCCGAUGUCUGGGGCUAUUUGGCCAUCAGCAACUUGCGCCUGCACCGCAACAAAACCGCCCUGGAAUGCUGGAAAAUGGCCAAAAUGUACCCGGAGAUGUUCCUCCACGAUAGAAUCUACGAGGAGCUGGACAAGAUUAACUAUUCGGACAUCCAUCUGUUGGUCGACGAUGACGGCAAUCCCGCCGAGGUGAUGAAGAAGAAGGACUUUAUUGCCCUCUGAAUACACAAUAUUAAAGAAGAUUUGCAUAUUUUCCAAGGCAAAAGGUGUCCCAAGUAAACAGAGAGCCCUGUCACGCCUUUCA